GACAACCUGGUGUACGAGGAGAUAAAGCUGAGGUUUCCAGGCCAAUACAAACAAUAGCUAUUCUCUUCCUGCCCCGUUGUGAGCUUCCAUUGGAUAACCAGACCUCUACCAGAGCGUCAUUAUCAGUUGUACCAGUACAGCCUCCUCCUCUGCCAACUGAAGAACACCUAGUUCUUCCUUCAUUACUGAACAUAGUCAAAUUCAUUUAUUGCCACAAAACCACAAGUUGGUGGUAUUUGCUCUGAUAGUUGCGUAGAGGCCAGACUGACCACCAUCUUUCCAAAAAUGUAUUUUGCGCACUUUGUGAUGAUUCUGGUGCUCUUUGGUUGUUCUCUGGGGAAAUCUUUUGUCCUCCAGUCCUCGGUGAAGGAACCCGCUGCAGCUACUGGCUCUGCCGUCCUCCACCCCGACAGGUGCCAUGGAGAGUUGUUGAAUGACAUCAGAAAGACUCUUAUUGGAGCCCUCAACCUGCAGCAGGAGCCCCAGGUGACGUCGGACAGACUGACUGCCAUCAGAGAGCAAUGGAAGACCGCAUUCUCUGCCAUCUCUCACAAGACCCAGGACAAAGCAGUGGCUUUACCCCAGGCUGUGGGUCCUGCAGCAGACAACAGUAGUGGUCUGAAAUGCUGUCCGCUGGCCUCACAGAUCUUCCUGAAAGAUCUUGGCUGGGAGAACUGGGUAAUCUACCCUGAGAGUUUCACCUACGUCCAGUGCUCACCCUGCAACUCUCAACUGGACCUGAGCCCCUCGCGCUGCCCAUCACACACUCCUCCCGCACAGAUGCCGUGCUGCCAGACCACUUCUACAGAGCAUGUGCCCUUCCUCUACAUGGAUGAGUUCAGCACCCUCACCAUCUCCUCUGUUCAGCUCACCCGCACCUGCGGCCCUGGCAACCCCCAGCUGCCAGCUGAGGACUGAUCAUUGACCAACCCCCACCCCAUCCCGGGGAGCCCCCACCCCAUCCCAGGGAGCCCCCACCCCAUUCCAGGGAGCCCACCCAAUGCCAUCCCAGGGAGUCCCCCUUCCCCAUAUCUAUUCUGCUCAUGAAAUACCUAUAGAGUGGACAUGGUUGCAACAUUCCAGUAAUUAUCCCAAAAUUCCCAGGUUUUCCAGAAUUUCCAUUUGGAAGAUUCCCAGAAUCAAGAAGGAAUACGCAGCAAAUACAUAAUCCUCCAAUCAGGAGUUUUGGAAAAAUCUGUGAAUCUUGGGAAAAUUACAAGAACCUUGCAACCUUAAAUGUGAAGGUUUUGUCUUGCAGCUUUGUUUUGGCACAUAGCCUACAUUCCUAAAUAGAUUAUGGCUGUUUCCUAGUUUUUUUUCUAGUUAAUUUUACGAAACAUUUGAAUAUUGAAAUGUGUUCAUCUUGAGGAGCAUAAAAAAAAUGGAUCAUUGCGGCUUCAUAAAAUCUCUAGACAAGCUCCAAUAUGAAACCCUGCUCUCCUCUCUUUUCCCAGAAGGGGGAUUAUUGUAAGCAGUAGCUACAUAAAAAUACAUAUAAAUACCUAGAGAAUCCUGCACAUGCUCAGAAGCUUCGAGACAUAAAUAUAAAUACCUAGAGAAUCCUGCACAUGCUCAGAAGCUUCGAGACAUAAAUAUAAAUACCUAGAGAAUCCUGCACAUGCUCAGAAGCUUCGAGACAUAAAUAUAAAUACCUAGAGAAUCCUGCACAUGCUCAGAAGCUUCGAGACAUAAAAAUAAAUAUAAAUACCUAGAGAAUCCUGCACAUGCUCAGAAGCUUCGAGACAUAAAAAUAAAUAUAAAUACCUAGAGAAUCCUGCACAUGCUCAGAAGCUUCGAGACAUAAAAAGGUCUGAGUAAAAUCAGAUCUGCAGCCACUCCGUUCUGAAAAACAAAAAACUGACAGCUUUUAGUUCUGGUUGAAUAAACGUUGGCAGUCUUGCUUUGAUGACAUUUCAUAUGUGCUUUGAUGCUAUUUUUGACGACGAUAUUUCGCAACCCUGAAGUGCUAGACUGGCAAGGGAUUAAAGCAAUGCUACUCCAUGUUCCCCACAAAAAUGUGAACACAGGCUUCCCAUGCCAAAAAAAAAACCUCUCCGGGUGGGAAAGCCGGCCCAGCACUAGGCAAUAACAGCAGAGCUCUCAUCUAAACAGGCUUCUCCCCGGGCCUCUAACAUGCAUGGAACCAGUUCUCUACAAAAGUAUAAAAAAAAAUUAAAAUAAAUUCUGGGUUAUGUAAAAUAAAGAUUCUGAUCUCCCCAAACAAAAAUCUUGUUCUUAUAUGUGCUGUGAUUUUCCACUCCAUUGGGAAUUGCCCUCUUGGAAAGCUCCAUAGCUCAUGUUUGGACAAGUAGAAACCUUUGGCAUAGAGAUAAAUAAUAGUGCUGCGGUUUUCACCAAACAAAGCCUAUCAUUUUCAGUUAAGACAUUUGUUCGGUUGCACAUAUGGAGUCCAAAAAGUAUUGAAGUUUUCUACAUUUGCGACUUUAAUUGUUAUCCCCCAAUGCUUCCCAUGUGCACCUUUCGACAAUAUUGUUGUCUAUCAGUCCUAAACUAGGUCCACAGCGUUUUCUGGGUUUGGCAGUUGGAUAAAUAUAUACUCUUUUUAUAUUUUCUUUGAGAUACACUAAAUAAAUGUAUUCCUUUUUACUUUUACCUCACAUUGCCACCUUUUCACUAUGUAUUUUCCAUCAUAAUAUUUAUCACCACGAUAUGGAAUGUACCUGAGGUUGUCACAGCUUCACUAACAAGUUUUGGUUAAAAAAAAUGUUGUGAAAUGUGUUAUUGCCAUUUGAUCACACAG